GAGCGGGAGGCGCCGGGGACCGGGGCGAGGCGGCCCCCGCCGCCGCCAUGGAAGCGCUGGGACCGGGGCCUCCAGCCAGCCUGUUUCAGCCACCUCGUCGUCCUGGCCUUGGAACUGUCGGAAAACCAAUUCGACUGUUAGCUAACCAUUUUCAGGUUCAGAUUCCCAAAAUAGAUGUGUAUCAUUAUGAUGUGGAUAUUAAACCGGAAAAACGGCCUCGUAGAGUCAACAGGGAGGUAGUAGACACAAUGGUGCGGCACUUCAAGAUGCAGAUAUUUGGUGAUCGGCAGCCUGGCUAUGAUGGCAAAAGAAACAUGUACACAGCACAUCCACUGCCAAUUGGACGGGAUAGGGUUGAUAUGGAAGUGACCCUUCCAGGUGAGGGUAAAGACCAAACCUUUAAAGUGUCUGUUCAGUGGGUGUCAGUUGUGAGCCUUCAGUUGCUUUUAGAAGCUUUGGCCGGGCACUUGAAUGAAGUCCCAGAUGACUCAGUUCAAGCACUUGAUGUUAUCACAAGACACCUUCCCUCCAUGAGGUACACUCCAGUGGGUCGCUCCUUUUUCUCACCUCCUGAAGGUUACUACCACCCUCUGGGAGGGGGCAGGGAGGUUUGGUUUGGCUUUCAUCAGUCCGUGAGACCCGCCAUGUGGAAUAUGAUGCUCAAUAUUGAUGUAUCUGCAACUGCUUUCUACCGGGCUCAGCCUAUCAUUGAGUUCAUGUGUGAGGUUUUAGACAUUCAGAACAUCAAUGAACAAACCAAACCCCUAACAGACUCCCAGCGUGUCAAGUUUACCAAAGAAAUCAGAGGUCUGAAAGUUGAGGUGACCCAUUGUGGACAGAUGAAACGAAAAUAUCGAGUGUGUAAUGUGACUAGACGGCCAGCCAGUCAUCAAACUUUUCCCUUACAGUUAGAAAAUGGUCAAGCUAUGGAAUGUACAGUAGCUCAAUAUUUUAAGCAAAAGUACAAUCUGCAGCUGAAAUACCCCCAUCUUCCCUGUCUCCAAGUGGGACAAGAACAAAAGCAUACAUACUUGCCACUUGAGGUUUGUAAUAUAGUGGCAGGACAGCGAUGUAUAAAGAAGCUCACAGACAAUCAGACUUCUACGAUGAUCAAGGCCACAGCAAGAUCUGCUCCUGACAGACAGGAAGAAAUCAGUAGACUGGUGAAGAGUAACAGCAUGGUGGGUGGACCUGACCCAUACCUUAAAGAAUUUGGUAUUGUUGUCCACAACGAAAUGACAGAGCUCACAGGCAGGGUCCUUCCAGCACCAAUGCUGCAGUACGGGGGCCGGAAUAAAACGGUAGCCACACCCAACCAGGGUGUCUGGGACAUGCGAGGAAAGCAGUUUUAUGCUGGCAUUGAAAUUAAAGUUUGGGCAGUUGCUUGUUUUGCGCCUCAGAAACAAUGUAGGGAAGAUUUACUAAAGAGUUUCACGGACCAACUCCGUAAAAUCUCUAAGGAUGCGGGAAUGCCCAUCCAGGGUCAGCCGUGUUUUUGCAAGUACGCACAAGGGGCUGACAGCGUGGAGCCCAUGUUUAAACACCUGAAAAUGACAUACGUGGGCCUGCAACUUAUAGUGGUGAUCUUGCCUGGGAAGACGCCAGUGUAUGCGGAGGUGAAGCGUGUAGGAGAUACACUCCUAGGAAUGGCUACACAAUGUGUCCAGGUAAAAAAUGUAGUGAAGACCUCACCUCAAACCCUUUCUAACCUUUGCCUGAAGAUAAACGCAAAGCUUGGAGGAAUUAACAACGUGCUUGUACCUCAUCAAAGGCCCUCAGUGUUCCAGCAGCCUGUCAUCUUCCUGGGAGCAGAUGUCACACACCCCCCAGCAGGCGAUGGGAAGAAGCCAUCCAUCGCGGCUGUGGUUGGCAGUAUGGAUGGCCACCCCAGCCGGUACUGUGCCACGGUUCGCGUGCAGACCUCCCGCCAGGAGAUCUCCCAAGAGCUCCUCUAUAGUCAGGAGGUAAUCCAGGAUCUUACCAACAUGGUUCGAGAGCUGCUGAUCCAGUUCUACAAAUCCACACGCUUCAAACCCACCCGGAUCAUCUAUUACCGUGGAGGGGUAUCCGAGGGACAGAUGAAACAGGUAGCUUGGCCAGAACUAAUAGCAAUUCGAAAGGCAUGUAUUAGCUUGGAAGAAGAUUACCGGCCAGGAAUAACCUAUAUUGUGGUGCAGAAAAGACAUCACACACGACUCUUCUGUGCAGAUAAAACAGAAAGGGUAGGGAAAAGUGGCAAUGUACCAGCAGGCACUACUGUGGAUAGCACCAUCACACAUCCAUCUGAGUUUGACUUUUACCUCUGUAGUCACGCGGGGAUUCAGGGAACCAGCCGUCCUUCACAUUACCAGGUCUUGUGGGAUGACAACUGCUUCACCGCAGAUGAGCUCCAGUUAUUAACUUACCAGCUAUGUCAUACCUAUGUGCGGUGCACACGCUCCGUCUCGAUUCCAGCCCCUGCCUAUUACGCCCGGCUUGUAGCCUUCAGGGCAAGGUAUCAUCUGGUGGAUAAGGAUCAUGACAGUGCGGAAGGCAGUCAUGUGUCAGGACAGAGCAAUGGCCGAGAUCCUCAGGCCUUGGCUAAAGCUGUGCAAAUCCACCAUGAUACCCAGCACACCAUGUAUUUUGCCUGAGAGUCUCAGAAAAAGAACUCAACCAGUUUGUUGUCCCACGCAGCCUCAAAAUGUUUCAAAUGCCUACUGCCUCUAGAGAGAGCCAAGUUGACUUCAGGUGGUCUUCUACCAGCAACUCGGAAUAGUUGCACUGAAUCUAUACUUCACAGCACUGUCUGAUGCAUCAACAAAAUUGAGCCAUUUUUUUAAAGUAAUAGAUACUCAUAGAUUAUCUUUUCUGAUGCACUGGACUGAAUUUUUACCUCAUCAUGCAAAGGCUGAUCAGCCUGAACUUUCUAAUGGACUUUAUGAGAAAGGUUUCUAUGGACUAUUUUGCUAGCUGUGGUGUUCACCGCAUCCCUCUAGUCUUACCAGAGAAGAUUUUUUUCCUUUUUUCUGUAUUCAUUGAGUGGGGUGUGUGCAUAAAUGGGAGAGAAAAACCAAACAAUCUGCUUUAGUUCAAUGUAACUAUUUAAUUGUGUGGGUCCAUAGGCUUUUUAAUGGAGAUUUCUGACUUCGCCACUGUAAAUGCCUUGAACGAGCAUUGAUUUUUUUGUAAGUUUUACAGAAUUUUAUGAGUUUUUACUACUUUUCUCUGUUGAUCUCUACAGACUGGUGCUGGUGCAAGUACAGGCUGCCAGGCAAUUGCACUAUAUUUGGCUGCAGAUUCAGACAGGCAGUUCUCUUAUUUGGUUGACUUUUGUGAAUGUGCAACACAGACAGAUGUGAUGCAUGCCGUGAUGACAGAUAACACUGCCAUGGCAAAAGUACUCAUGUUUCCCCCUCUUUGGAAAAAAAAAAAUUAGCUUUUAGUAUUUUUCAGAGUUCUCAAAAGUGCCCAUUUUAUGCUGCUGUGUGGUUUGUUAGAUCUAAAUGAUUUUUAAACUUUUCUCAUAGAAAGUUAUCUUUGGCAAUAAACAUUUUUUAAGGUC